UCCGCGCAGCCGCCGCCUCCUCCUCCUCUGCCUUUCUCGUGAGCCGGCACGCGUGGCCACGCACAGCCUCGUCGUCUCCCCACAGCCCCCCAACGGAGGCCUCGCCUCCGACUCCGAGGCGCGCACGCUGCGAGGUCCUCGCAGCCCCCGCCUCCUCUCACGCGCGCGCUUUGCUCGACUCCCACCCCCACUCGGCCGCCUCCCCUCCGCCCCGUCCGGCCUGUCGCCUUACCUCGCCGCGCUCGAUCUGGUAAUUUCUGGUGAAAAACAAUCAGAUCGGCUGGAGACUUGACACUAGUGCAUAGCCCUGGCAGUGGCAGCAUGCGGUGGUUUGGUCUUUCGGUUGACGUCUUCCGCAGGGGGAUCUCCUUGAGCCUCUACUGCCGUGUGAUUCUUUAAAUCACCUCCGUGGAUAUCGGAGACCUUCCUUCGGCUUGCGAAGGCAGCUCAAAACCUCUCCAUCCUGGCGUUGCUGUUAAGGUGCUGUGGUUGUUUGGCCAAAGCUUUUGAGGAGAACGGAGUGGGGUACUAAUGGUGUGGAAAGCAGCUGCUCAGACGAGAUUCCGCGUGUUUAAGCAUGAGAACGGAAUCGCUGUGAGAGUUAUUGCUUGCUUCCAGCCGCUGCAGAAUUGCCAGGCCGAGUACUUCCGCCAUCUCCUCAAGCCCGUGACGUAGCUUUGCUCUGCUCUCCGUUUGCUGCUGAAGAAAUUUUCUGCUUUAGGUUUUUCUCCAUCACAAUUUAAGUUGGAGAAUUUCCCGUUCUUCUGAACUUUCUGCUGGUACUUUUUUUGGUGGUUGUUUCUUCAUGGGGGACAAGGAUAAUCCUUGGUGCCAUUGGCCUAAUUCUCCAUGGAAAUUCAACACUGAAAGCUCUGCAGGCAAUAUCUGCCCACCUGAUGUUGGGCUUGUUGACACUAAUUUGGUGGCAUUGCCUACAUGUCUGAACACAGUUGCUGCACCUGUGCCAUUUUUCACAGCAUCCAUUGCUGAAAGACCUCUUCCAAUGACUCCGAGAUUUGUCACCACAUUGGUGCCCAGUUUGGAAUUGUCUUCACUAUAUCCCUCGCACAAGAGACCUCUGGUUUUCUACCAGGAGAAUCAUACUCCUAUUACAGCUCCUCUGGUGAGGAAGGGGACGCUGGAUCCUGUGCCAGAACUCCAAGGUAGCAAUGAGACUAAUCUAACUGAUGUUGGAGCAGAAGAAACCGAGGGUAUUCAUGAGAACACAGAUGAGAUUAAUGCACUCCUGUAUUCUGACUCGGAUGAAGGGUAUGAAAAGGUGCAAGAACUCAACAUAAUUAGGAGGCCAUCUCCUGCUGAGAAUGACACCUUGAGUGUGGAAUCAGUAGCCAGUGCUGGUGCUAGCGCAUCAGGUUCUGCGCGACCGGCCAAGAAGAGAAGGCUCUGCUCUGGCACUGACAAGUCUGUUGUGGACACGGCCAGUUCAGCAAGGCCCGAUCAUUCCAUCGAACAGAAGCUUCUUGUCAAUGACUGUGAUGCACAGUCCUGUUGCAUUGGUGAAGUUGAGAGCGAUCACAAGUUUGCUCGGGGGGAAGGUGAAGCUGUAGAAGGCGACAGCCCCGACGACCAGAAGCGAAGAAGAGAGAGGAUCCAAGAGACUGUUGCUGCGCUCAGGAAGAUUGUCCCUGGUGGCAUCGCCAAAGAUGCCACGGCUAUUCUUGAUGAAGCUAUCUGCUACCUGCAGUACCUCAAACUGAAGGUCAAGACGCUGGGAGCUGCCUCGCUCUAGCUCCUGCUGGACAGUUGUGGGUGGGUUACUGAAGCCACUAGUUUCUAAAUACAUAAAGUGCUAGUGUUAGUAAUAAGGUGAAGAAGCCAAAGGGAGCUCAAUUCGGUGCUUGAUGAAGACGCACUGGAUUGAAAUGAAAAAAAAGAAGAAGAAGAAAAGGACCCGGUGAUGCUUGCUUGGCUUCCCUUGUACCCAGAAGAAAGCUACUUCAACUGAACCGAGGCUGCAAUGCUUUCUUUCAUUGUGGUGGAGUGCUAGUCCUGGAGGCCACAAGACCCACAUAGCUCGCCAUGCCACUCCGGUGAGCUAGCCAAGCAGACUACCACCAUCUUUCUGCGACAGAGCUUGGACCUUCUUCUCCGUCCCAGAGAGAGCCCCUGUCAGGUGGCUCAGUGCCUGCUGCAUCACCUUCCUCAAAAGGCCCUCAUGGCGUUGAUAGGAGCAAACAAAGUAUGUUUAUGCAAAGCUACAGGCAUCUUCCGCCGGGCGUGAUCCAAAGCAGCAAAGGGCGCUGUUGUGUUGUUUGCUUCCAUGGCCUUUUUGACCUAACUACCAAAGCCAAAGGCCAAAGCGGAGAUGGGUCGAGGUUAGGUUUGCCACUUGUGUGUUGAGCUCCUGGGGUCCAGUCCAACUCCAAACCAACCGGUCCAGCACUCUAGCAAAGUGUUCUCUGUGCACCUGCCUGAGAUGCGGAGCUCAGCCUCAGCACCGUCAUCCAGCCAACCCGCUCCUUUGUUCUCCGCUGCAUAGUAUGCCACUACCAUAUUUGUAAGCAAGUGUUCUCGCUUUGCCUUGGACGGGACGACCCAAAGCAAUGCUAUGCAUGCACCUUUGGUGUGCGUAUGCUGCUGUUGCUGUACUGUACGCCGGUAUUAUUACUGUUGCAGUCUCCUCUUGUCGUAGCGAAAUGUAUGCUAGUAAGACUGGGAAUGCGGCGCUGUUUUGCGUGCACGCCCAGCAGCAACCAGAUGGUACGUAGUAUCCUCGAGGAUUC